AUGGCCUCAAUCCUUCAAAACUCGAGCAACAUUGUCAUAACUGGAGGGAACAUCACAAGUAGCACAAAUACCUAUGAAGGGUUUCGCGAUGUUUACAUACCAUGGGGCCGAAUGUUUGAAGGUCUUGACCAGCUCCGUCAACAUACCGCUCUUGGGGCAUUGCUGGAUUCGACAGAACGUUUUGAUCCUCCGAAAUGCGCACCUGACACUCGAGUCGCCAUCAUCAACGAGAUACUGGAGUGGAUGUCUAACGCUGACGAAGAAUCAUCUGUGAUGUGGUUAUAUGGCCCAGCAGGGGCGGGGAAAUCGGCUCUUUCUCAGACACUGGCCGAAAUGAAUCAAGACCAAAAACGUCUUCUGGCUAGUUUUUUCUUCUCUCGUACGGCAGCCAAUCGAAGUGAUGGUCGACUAUUAAUUUCUACGCUCUCAUAUCAACUCAUGUUGUCGCUGCCAGCAACACGACGGUUCAUCAAGGACGCCAUAGAGGCUGACCCGGUCAUAUUCGACAGGUCCAUCGAAACCCAAAUGGAAAAACUGUUCAUCGGGCCUAUCAACAAAUCCGCUCUAUCGUGGUCCUAUCUUCUCUCUGAAUGGGUUAGGAAACACUUUGGAUGUUUUGCUGUUCAUCAUCCUCGCGUUGUCAUAGUAGACGGCCUUGACGAAUGCCAGAACCCCCGGGUCCAAGCUGAUCUUCUCAGGAUUAUUGGCGAGUCGACAGAAUAUCUAAAGCUACCCAUAAAGUUUUUAAUAUCCAGCCGCCCCGAGUCCCAUAUAGUCCGCGUUUUCAACCACGAUUCUAUCUUCCAGAAGCUCUCAAUUGCUACUAUCAACCUUGCUAUGGAUAAUACUGCACACCAUGACAUUAAGACUUUCCUACAGAACGAAUUCUCUGAAAUAAAACGGACCCAUCCUCUGAAUUCCUAUCUCCAUUCAUCCUGGCCAUCUCCUGAUGCCAUCCGUCAACUUGUUCGCAAAGCUUCUGGCCAGUUCAUCUACGCGUCAACUGUGAUAAAGUAUAUCCAGUCUCCCAAACACAGGCCAGAUGACCGUCUCAAUGUCAUCCUUGGGUUGUCUGUCGCCCCAACCAACGAAUCACCUUUUUCUGAGUUAGACGCAUUAUAUACCCACAUUUUCUCGUCGGUCGAGAAUAUUGGGACAGUAAUGAUGAUAUUUGGUGUUCUGAUCAUAACCAGAAACAAAGGAGAUGGACUCGGAAAUUAUACUAAUCCAGAAAUGUUGGAAAAACUUCUCUUCCUCAGGCCCGGAGACGUUGUACUUCUUCUGGGCGAUCUGUUGUCCCUCGUGUCACUAGGUGGACGGAAUUCACCUAUCAAAAUCAUGCACGCCUCUCUCGCAGACUACCUCCUCAACCCCAUCCGAUCCCGCAGAUUCUGUAUAGAUCUGGGAAUUACACAUUCAUUCCUUGCAAGGGGUUACUUGCACAGGAUUUUGGCCAGUGAGGCGCUCAGAGGUUCUAAGCCGAUACGUGUUCUUUAUACAGAACAAUUUGAUCACCUCAACGAUUACUUGGUUCUGCAACUGAAGAGUACCGUCCCUGAGACAUACCUUGCGGACGUCAUAUCCAGCAUCACCAUGAAUGACUUCAGGAGAAACUUGAUACCAUUAAUCAAAUCGUCGAAGCCAAGUCAAUAUCUCACUCUACUCUGCCAACUAUUUUACUGGGACUACAACACUUCUUUUACUUCCAAGAUUACUUUAAGAUACACCCUUGCCGUCAAACAGUGCCUGAGAUAUGUCGAAGGAGAUACAUCUGAAGAGAUGGAGAACAGCCACUUAAAACGCCUCUAUCGUCAGUUCCCCGGAGCGUCCCCAGAUAAAAAUCAUCUCGAGGAGGCCCAUUUAGAUUGUGCAAUUGCACUGCUACCACAUGCAGCAUACGAUUAUGAAUUUGUCGAGUACGCGGCCUCGUACAGGUUUUCUGACUACGUCUUGACCUGCUAUCAUGACAAAGUCGAAAUUCUGAAGGAAGUGAUGGCAAAUUAUUUCAUGGUGUGUGAUCAAUUUUAA